AUUUUAUAAGAGAAGAAAAAGCGAAACCGAUGAAAGCAGAGUGAGGAAGGAGAUGAGGGCAGAGUCGGAGAGAGAGGGAGAAAUGGAGGAUGAAGGUAUCUCGAUAUCACCAAUACCAACACUCACCAAUAGGUCUUCUCUUAAAUCCCAUUCUCACUUCAAUAAUUACCACUUCUGGAAACACAAGCUUCGAGAGAACUGCUACAAGAGGGUCCGAGAGGACAGAACCCGCUUGCUUUGGAAAUUGCGAUUGCCCUCUAGCACUGCCUCACAUUCUCUCAAUCACAAUCAGAACCAAAAGGACUUAAUCAAAUCUAGUCUUCAGGACAUAGUUUCUGAUGAACUCAGAAAGAUAAAGGAUUCAUCAUUGAAUGACUGUUCUGAGUUUCUGACUUCUGCUCCUGAGGCCAAUGAUGUGUUAUGGGAAUAUGAUGGUCUUCAUAAUGCUUAUCAGGGUGAACGUGAAGAGAUUUUGUUGGAAAUGCAAAGGAUCUUUUAUGAUGAUCUUGGGGCGGAACCAACUAGAAAAGAACCUGAUAGCUGUGUUGAAACGUGGGAAGAUGAAGAAGAUGAAUACUUGGCCUGUGCAGUUUAUGAACAUAUGCAGCUGAAUGAUGAGCACGUGUGCGAGAAGAUUUGGUGCCCCAUUUGUAAGCAAGGAGAGUUAUUAGAGAAUUACCUUCUCAUAUAUUGCAGUCUUUGCGAACUUAAACUCAACAAAGGCAAUGAGGUAAAUCUGGAUUUGAUGCGAGUUCGGCUAGCAGAAGCUCAUGCGGAACAUCUUGAUCGGGGUUGUAGAUUGAAACCUAAGUUUUGUAUGGAGACAAGAUUUGAAUUAACUGCACUGUACAUUUGUUGUCCAAGUUGCAAUAUCUUCGAGGUUGUAAUGUAAUUAAUAUAUAUCUUCAAACUCGAUAAUUAUAAAAUUGAGUGUAUUCUUGAGC